GAAACGUCUUCAAGAAUCUUCAAGCAAGUCCAGUUGCUCUCUUUUACCACCCACAAAUGUUUGUAUUUGUACUUGAUCAUGUGUCCUGAUGUUGUUGUCGUUAAUGUUUUGUGAGAUCUUGUGUAUUGUAAGACACUGUGUUGACUUCAGAAACUACAGUAUCUCACUGCCAUCAGCCCACUUAAUGGUGUUGCAGCAGCAUGACAUGUCACAGUGAUGCUUUAUUAAUAUUUUAAUUAGAUUCCUUUUGAAAGAUGUACACAAGAACAACAGUUUAGAGAAAAGGAAAUGGGAACAGAAGUGAGAGGAGAUUAAAAAAAAAAGUUUCCGUUCUGCUGGCUACCUGGAAUUUUAUAGUGGAAAAAUGAUCCUUUAGUGAUGCCAGGGUCAAAAUUGAUUAAUUAUUAACUUGGGCAACCUAUAACAGCUUCACCAUAUCAGAAGUUGUCGUUGGUAAAACAUUUCAGUUUAUAAUGCAUGUCACAUGCACAGUUGUAGUCAGAAGUUUAUAUAUCUGGACAUGAAUACCAUGGCAAUAUUGGGCUUUCAGUGAUUUUCUUUGAAUUGCUCUUUUUCUGUGGCAGAAUGAUUGUACAACAUGCAUUAUUAAAAAUGACUUGGUGCAGAAGUUUUAAUUUAUUUAGGGUUUUCUGAAAUUGACACUGGGUCAAACAUUUACAUGCACCCACUUAGAUGAUUAAUUCAGUGGUACUGAAAGUUCCAAAAUGUCUUCUAAUUUGCCAAAACCUGUUAACUUCCUGAACGUUAGUGAACAUGAUUGACUACAGCUGGGAGCUUCUCUGUGCCAACAUAACAAGGAUUUGUUUGACAGCACUCACUGGAUUGACCAACGGGAAAGUCCAAGGAGCUCAGUGCAGACCUGAGAAAGACAAUCAUAGAUUUACACACUCAGGAAUGUCUCUUGGAACCAUUUCUAAACAAAUUCAGAUUCCAAGAUCAUCAGUUCAAACAAUUGUAUAUAACUACCAAGUUAUCGGGAGGUGAAGCCACUUGGCUGGAAGAAGACCCAAUCUGUCACUCUCAACUGAGAGAAAAUGGGUUUGGAUGGUUAGGAACAACACAGGAACCAUCAAGGCACAGACCUGCUGUGAACUGGAAGCUGCUGGAACACAGUGUCAAGGCUUACACUCAAGUGAGUUUUACGUCACCAUGGACCAAGAGGCCACUGUCCAAAAAAAAAAAAAAGACCCUUCUCCAAAAUUGACACCUUCAAGAUUAACUAAAGUUUGCAGCUGACCACAUUGUCAGAGAGGUCUUUUAUGUUCAGAUGAGACAAAGAUUGAGUUGUUUGGCCACAUUGACCAGAGGUACAGAGGAACACUAUAGCAACUGUGAAGCAUGGUGAUGGUAGCAGCAUCCUGGUCUGGGGCUAUUUUGCUGCCAGUGGAACUGCUGCAUUGUACAAAGUGGAUGGAAUAAUGAAGAAGGAAGACUGUUCAUCAGCAUGAAUGACUACCUGCAAACCAUCUGAAACCUGGACACAAUCGGGUGUUCUAACAGGAACAUCCGCACAAUGACCCCAAAUACACAUCAAAGCUGGGUGUGGAACGAAUAAAGCAGGCUAACAUUAAGCUUAAAACAGGUUUUGACCUCAACCCUAUUGAAAAUACAUGCACUGUGCUUAAAAGUCAGGUCCAUGCCAGGAAACACUCAAAUUUAAUUGAACUCUACCAAUUCUGCCAAGAAGACCAGACAAAUAUCCAACCAGAACUCUGCCAGAAGCUUGUUGACCUCUACAAAAAGCAUUGGUUCAAGGUGGCUGUUGUGGGUCAGACCAAAAGACCUACAUGGUGGGUGGAUGGGCUUGGGCAUGGUGGUUCCUAUCAGAUGCACAAGCACUUACCCUUGAGAUUAUGACUUUACAACCCAAGUGUGAAAGUGUGGAGACGGCAGAAGGAGUGGCCAUUACGGUUACCGGAGUGGCUCAGGUGAAGGUUAUGACUGACCGCGACUUGCUGGCUAUUGCUUGUGAGCAGUUUUUGGGGAAGUCUGUUAUGGAAAUCAAAGCUGUGGUACUGCAAACCCUGGAGGGGCAUUUACGCUCAAUUUUAGGUACUUUAACAGUUGAACAAAUCUACCAGGACAGAGACAAAUUUGCCCAGCUGGUGCGUGAGGUUGCAGCACCUGACGUGGGCCGAAUGGGCAUCGAGAUCCUGAGCUUCACCAUCAAAGAUGUGUACGAUAAGCUGGAUUACCUGAGCUCGCUGGGGAAAACGCAGACGGCUGCUGUGCAGAGGGACGCAGACAUCGGCGUAGCUGAGGCAGAAAGAGAUGCCGGAAUUAGAGAAGCCGAGUGCAAGAGAGAAAUGAUGGAUGUGAAGUUCUUAGCUGACACCAAAAUGGCCGACUCUAAAAGGGAGCUGGAGCUGCAGAAAGCGGCAUUUAACCAGGAAGUGAACACCAAGAAAGCAGAGGCUCAGCUGGCAUACGAGCUCCAGGCGGCGAAGGAGCAGCAGAAGAUCCGUCUGGAGGAGAUUGAGAUUGAAGUGGUCCAGAGGAAGAAGCAGAUUACUAUCGAGGAGAAGGAGAUUGACAGGACGGAGAAGGAGCUGAUUGCUACAGUCAAGCGUCCUGCCGAGGCUGAGGCUUACAAGUUGCAGCAGCUGGCUGAGGGACAGAAGAUAAAGAAGGUGUUGAUUGCACAUGCCGAGGCGGAGAAGAUUCGGAAGGUUGGAGAGGCGGAGGCCAGCUCUAUUGAGGCAGUGGGCAAAGCUCAGGCAGAGAAAAUGAAGCUGAAGGCAGAAGCCUACCAGCAGUAUGGAGAUGCAGCUCAGACUGCUCUGGUCCUAGAAGCACUGCCAAAGAUUACUGCCAAAGUGGCUGCACCUCUGGCCAAAACCAAUGAGAUCGUGAUUCUAAGUGGAGAAGGCAGCAAAGUGACAGGGGAAGUGAAUCGUCUACUAGCUGAGCUGCCUGUGACUGUUAAUGCGCUUACAGGAGUGGAUCUGUCCAAGAUCCCUCUGCUGCAGAAGAUGACCAAUGCUCAAGCCUGAGAUGUGAUUAAGUUAGAUUCCUCUUCCUCCCAAUAUGUUUUAUGCACUCACUAUGAAUGCCUUUGGAACACAAAGUUAAAAUAGCGAAGUUCAGAUCAAUGAUUUGUGAUACCUCUGGUGCCUUAAUGUUUUAUAGGACCAGAAUACUUGCAUGUACUGCUGCUCCUCAUUUCCUGUUCAUCUUUAUAUGUUGUUAUUUAUUCGUGACUGACUGGGUACAUUUUGAAAAAUCCUGACCUACAGAUUUUUCAUUGUAGCAUUGUAUUUUAUAUGCAUGUGAACACAUUUCAUCAGUUAUUUAAUUUAUUUAUUUCAUGUAUAGAUUUAGCUGCCUGUAGUGCAGCUGCUUAUGUUAUAAAGCUUACAAUUAUUCAGGAAAUGCUGAAAUUGCCACUUGCAUUAAAGUCUACAGAGUACUAUUUUAAGGCAGUCAAAUCUCUGGUCUUACAGGUAACUGUUGUACUCUUAGAUGCAAUCAACCAAGUGCUACUUCUUUGUACUGCUCUCUUUCAGACUAUACCAUUUAGCUGGAUAAUUAUCUCGAUACGUACUCACAAGUUGAUGUCGGAUAUUCCUGCAUGGGAUAUUAUCUCCUUGUUAAUGUUUAAAGUAGUUUGACUUCAGUGAAUUACAUUUUAACUGUGAUGUGUUUAGGGAUAAAUGCAUGGUUUUGGAGAACAGCCACUCGUGAGUUUAUUUUGUAGCUUUAGAAGGCAAACAGCCAGGGGCAUGGUUUGUUUUGGAUCUGGAGGUUUUCUGUAUUUUGAAAUGCUCUGGUCAGGGAUUUUGAAGGAUUGCAGAGUCUAAUGUUGCUGGUCUGAUUCUCACUCACAGGAUGCCCAUCUGUCAAUCGGCGAAAUAUGUGACCUGUCAAAUUGUUAGCACAACUAUAUUUACAUGAAGCAGAGCAAAUUGUUUAUUUUUAAAUCCAAAAUAUAGUAUAGGUUCCAAAUAUAGCGCCUGAGCAGUUAAGGGUGAAGGACCUCUCUGGGAGCACUACUAUUUGAACAAAUACCCUCCCCUGUUACAACUGCAGAACCUUAUUCACAGAGCUGCCACUAUAAUUUCUUUUUAGAUUAAUUUUUGUUCUACACGAACGUCCUGUGUCACAUUUAUAUGUAUGUCAUAAACAUUUCUACAUGGUAUAUAUGUGAUCUGUCACUUUUCUUCUUUAGAAUGAGAUGUGUAUUGUGCCACGCUCAGUUGUGCUGUGAGCGGAAGCAAGUUAUAACCUUGUUUUAUUUUUCUUAUAAACUAAUAUUGACUAUAGACAA